AUGGCUGACAUGGGCGAAUCCUCGUACCCUGACUCUCAAGUUGGCAGUUCAAGACAAGCCUCGGAGGCACCGACGACGAGAAAGCGACGCAACGCUAGAACGGCAUGUCUCAACUGCAAGAAGCGUAAAUUGAAGUGCUCGGCCGACAUUCCGUGUCAGUCUUGUUUGAGGAAUGGCACCUCAUGUUUGAUGAACGAAGAUACCGACCAGCGCCGCAAGCAUGCAUUGAAACGCAAAUUGUCAGGACUGGAGCAAAAAGGACAGCUUCUGGAUGAUUUAAUACGCACUCUUCAAACCACAGAUGAGGAAUGCGCUGCUCAGGUUUUGACUCUGGUUCGGGCUCACGCCUCGCUGGAGCAGAUCCGAGCGUACUUGGAUGAUGUGGGAAGAUCUUGUGAUGAUUUUGAGUCAACGCCGGAAUUAAAGAGUGCUAUUGAGGAUUUUCAAAAUCUUGAUGAAAUCCCGAGGUCGGCUUCGCGUCCUCGGUUGGAUGACCAGAAACAGUCUGAAAAGGUCAUAUUCGACGUGCCCUCGACACCGUGGACAAAGGUGACCAAUGAUGACCAGUUUGUUUCUCGUCUGAUAUCCCUUUGGUUCACUUGGGCGCAUCCAUAUCUUAAUUGGAUUGACAGAGAUCUUUUCAUUCGAGAUAUGCUGUCCGGGGAUACCGAUGCCAAAUUCUGCUCGCCAUUUCUGGUGAAUGUGAUUUUAGCAGAUGCCUGCGCAUAUUUUGAUUACCUCGAAGUAUAUGAGGAUUUCGAUGAGGAGUGGCCCCGAGCGCUUGACUUUUAUGAGGAAGCAAAACGCCUCCUAGCCCAACAGGAGGGCAAGAUCAGUAUUGUGAAUGUCCAAGGGCUUUGCGGACUUUAUGUGGUCUCUUGUAUGAUUGGGAAGGACAGGGCUGGGUGGGCAUAUUAUGGCCAGUUAGCAUACGCCACCCAAGAACUCUCUCGCAGACACAGACUGCCGCCAGAUGGCGCAGAUGAGGAAACGAUACGUGGAAUCAGUGCAAUCGAUAACGCCCUGUGGGGGAUAUUCAACUUUGCGUCGGUGACCGCGCUGGCAUAUCAAAAGGGAGCAUUGAUUUCUGCCCCUCGACACAGGCAUAGAACGCCCGAACAUGACGUUCACCAGGACACCUGGCACCCAUAUCCAAUGGGAUCAGACGUUGUCAAGUCACACCGUGAAUGUUUGUUCACUGCCUUGUGUGACAUGGGUCAAAUCAUCCAUGAGCUCAGUUUGAGCUUGUUCAAGGACAACAGUCAAACACUGGAUAUCGAAUUUUCACGAGUUGCGGAAGAGCUGCAUGGUCGCUUACGAGCCUGGUAUGAAGACUUACCAGACUGCCUUGCAACUUCCGAUGCCACCCCACAUGUUUUGAGUCUCCAUAUGAAUUAUCACACCACCAUCCAGACGAUAUUUGGAUAUUUGAAAGGUGUGUCGACGAGUGCGGAUGUUAUUGAGAGCGAGCUAGCCCAGCUAGACACCGUCCGGCAACAAGCAAGGGAAAUUUGCCUUAUCUCAGCACGAAAAUGCGCUGGAAUAGUUGAUCAACAGCGGGGAUCAUGGGGUUUGGACUACAUGCCACCCACCAAUAUUCAUUGGUUCACAGUCAGCAUGUAUACCCUGUUGGAAGAUUUGUCCGAUGAUGCAAACCGCCGCGCAUUUAUCAGUCUGACGAUAGCCGCCAAAGCAGCCUCACACCGCUGGGUACUAGCGAAGGGUAUGCUGCGGCUGGUGCAGCUCACUUCGAUACAGACAGGUGUGUCUCUACCACCAGAAACCGACGCUCUGUUUUCAGACUUCGAGGCCAGAGUCUGGACGUCGCAGGACCGCAGAGCCCUGAGUAGUCAGUAUCCCCACUUUACACACUCGAUGAAACGCGGUGAGGUCGGCGAAGUUGAGCUUGAUGCAUUCUUGGAGAAAUUUGAUGAUUUGCAUAUCGCAAGAACGAGCGAGUCGAGUGUAAAGUUGGAGGAGCACGGGGGCAGGGGCUUGGAGGAGGUGCCGGAAGAGGCGUCGGAGAAGGAGGAUGAAACGGAGUGGAGUUGA